UAAAAACAACAACAACAACAAAAUGUUAGUGCAACAAGCAAGACGUAUGUUGCUUGCCAACAGUAUCUGCAAUAAGAAUAUUGCCCUUAAGCUUCUGGCAUGCUACUCCACCAGUGGCAGAUCAGCCAGUAAUAAAAUUUACGAUUCACCCGAAGAAGCUUUGGCUGAUAUGAAAGAUGGCGCCCUAAUUCUUUUUGGUGGUUUCGGUCUUUGCGGCAUUCCCGAAAAACUUAUUGAUGGCAUCACCAGAAUGAAAGUCAAGAAUCUUACAGCUGUUUCCAAUAAUGGAGGCAUUGACGACUGCGGCUUGGGCAAACUCUUGAGAACACGUCAACUGGGCAAAAUGAUUGUGUCUUAUGUUGGUGAAAAUGCCGACCUGGCUAGUCAAUAUUUGGGUGGUGAAUUGGCUGUGGAAUUAACGCCACAAGGUACUUUGGCAGAAAAAAUCCGUGCUGCUGGUGCCGGUAUUCCUGCAUUUUUCACCGCAACUGGUUAUGGUACUUUAAUACAAGAAGGCGGUGCUCCCAUUAAGUAUGCCAAGGAUGGUAGCAUUGAAAUUCCCAGCAAACCAAGAAUUGUAAAGGAAUUCAAUGGCAGAAAAUAUGUCAUGGAAGAAGCACUCCAUGCUGAUUAUGCUAUUGUUAAGGCCCAUGUUGCUGAUACCAUGGGUAAUUUGAUUUUCAAUAAAGCUGCACGCAACUUCAAUGCUCCCAUGUGUCGUGCUGCCAGAAUCACAGUUGCUGAGGUCGAAGAGAUCGUUCCAGCUGGUGAAUUGAAUCCCGAUCACAUUCAUAUUCCCGGUAUUUAUGUAAAGCGCAUCAUCAAGGGCACCAACUACGAAAAACGCAUUGAAAAAGUCCGCAUCACAGAAAGUGCUGAAGACACAGCUAAGACACCAUCUCCCGCCCAACUUGUACGUGAACGUAUUGCCAAACGUGUGGCCAUGGAAUUCCGUGAUGGCAUGCAUGCCAAUUUGGGCAUUGGUAUUCCCGUCCUCUCCUCCAAUUAUAUUCCCAAGGGCAUGAAUGUUUUGUUGCAAUCGGAAAAUGGUAUUUUGGGUUUGGGACCAUUCCCCACCAAGGACCAGGUUGAUCCUGAUCUAAUUAAUGCUGGCAAGGAAACUGUAACUGUUGUUCCCGGCGCAUCGUUCUUUGGAUCCGAUGACAGUUUUGCCAUGAUUCGUGGUGGUCAUAUGGAUUUGACAAUUUUGGGUGCCAUGGAAGUUUCCGCUACUGGUGAUUUGGCUAAUUGGAUGAUCCCCGGCAAACUUGUUAAAGGCAUGGGCGGUGCCAUGGAUUUGGUAGCCUCCGGCAGCAGAGUUAUUGUUUCCAUGGAACAUAAUGCUCGUAAUGGUACCUCUAAAAUCAAGGAUACCUGUUCGUUGCCCUUGACUGGCAAGGAAGUUGUUGAUCUAAUCAUUACUGAAAAGGCUGUUUUCGAAGUCGAGAAAGGAGUUGGUUUGACACUCACCGAAGUUGCUGAAGGUCUCACCGUUGAUGAUAUUAUAGCCUGUACCGAUGCCAAAUUCAAAGUUUCACCCAAUGUUAAGAAAAUGUCCCAAAUUGGCGAAUAG